AUGGACAAACUUUCACCGGGAAAUUCUGUGAGAGAUGUCAAAUGGGGUUGGAACAUGAGUUCAGACCCUUGCAGAGACCAAUGGGAGGGUGUGACAUGUGAUAAACAGAAUUAUGUGAAGAAAAUAGUUCUUGAAAUGUCCAAUUUAACUGGAGUUCUUGAUGCAGAUUCUCUCUGCAUGGUACAGUCUUUGGGUGUUGUGAGUCUGAAGAACAACAAAAUCUCUGGUCUGCUCUCAGAAGACAUUGGAAAUUGCAGAGAUUUGACCCACUUUUAUAUAAGUGGAAAUCAGUUCUCUGGUGACCUUCCUGACUCUCUCUCACAGUUGAAUAAUUUGAAAAGGAUUGAUAUAUCCAACAACAACUUCCAUGGUGAGCUUCCUGAUCUGCCAAAGAUUUCAGGCUUGAUAUCUUUCCUUGCUCAAAACAAUCAACUUGAUGGGCAAAUACCAGAUUUUGAUUUCUCCAAUCUGAAGGUGUUCAAUGUCUCCAACAACAACUUCAGUGGUCCAAUUCCUGAUGUCAAAGGCCAACUCACAAAAGACAGCUUUUCAGGUAAUCCUAAGCUAUGUGGAAAACCACUACCAAAUACCUGCCCACCUGUCCCAACAUCUAUAAUGCCAAAGAAGAAAUCAAACAAGUCCUCAUCUAAAAAGCUUCUCAUCUUCUCAGGCUACAUAAUACUUGGCCUGGUUUUUGUGUGCUUCUUUGUGUAUAAAUUUAUCAGCAAAAAGAGGACCAGAGAAUAUGAGGAAAAGGGUGGAAAUGAAAAGAUUGCAACAGCUGAUACUGCUAGCACUGUGCCUAGCACUAUUACUUCUAGUGAGUUCAACGCUGAUGGUGUGCCUAAGACAGCAGAGUACUCAUUAACCUCUGUUGAAACUGGAAUGGUUCCACCGCUUGUAGUUCUCACAAGUCCAUUGCUGAUGGGGUUAAGUUCUGAGGAGUUGCUCCGAGCUCCAGCUGAAUUGCUUGCAAGAGGAAAGAAUGGAAGCCUCUACAAAGUCAUGCUUGAUGAUGGGGUUAACUUGGUUGUGAAGAGGAUUAGGAAUUGUGGGAUCUCGAGCGAAGAUUUCAAGACUAGGAUGAAAAAGAUCGAUCAAGCUAAGUGUCGAAAUGUCUUGCCAGCAGUUGCAUUCUAUUGUUCCAGACAAGAGAAGCUCUUGGUUUAUGAAUAUCAACCGAAUGGCAAUCUCUUUAACCUUCUUCAUGGAUCUUCAAAUGGCCAAAUAUUUGACUGGGGAAGCAGACUAAAUGUUGCAGACAUCAUUGCCGAGUCACUGGCGUUCAUGCACCAGGAGCUACGUGAAGAUGGCAUUGCCCAUGGCAACCUCAAGUCCAUGAACAUUUUGUUCAACAUGACCAUGAAGCCCUGCAUCAGUGAAUAUGGGGUAAUGGAGACUGAAAAUCAAGACCAGUCAUUCCUUUCUCCAAACAAUGGAAUUGAAAGUUCUAAUGCAGGCCAUGCAUAUAGCACAUUCAAGGAUGAUGUUUAUGGUUUUGGUGUGAUUCUUCUUGAGCUUUUGACUGGGAAGCUGGUCCAGCAAAAUGGGUUUGAUUUGCCUAGGUGGGUGCACUCGGUGAUUAAAGAGGAGUGGACUCUUGAAGUUUUUGACAAGGCCUUGAUCCAAGAAGGUGCAAGUGAAGAAAGGAUGGUGAACUUGUUGAAGGUAGCAUUGCAGUGCAUAAAUCCCUCAUCAAAUGAUAGGCCAAGUAUGAGUCGAGUUUCGAUGAGGCUAAAGUCUAUAAAAGAGGAGGUAGAGAGAUCUAUAUCUUCUGACCCAUGAAAAGAAGAAAAGAAAAAAACACUUCAUUAUUAAGUUGCAUCUCUUGUUGGAGGAAUUUGAUUCAAAAUCCUAUCUUUCUAUGCAGAAAAAUUCUGUGCUUCAGCAUUAAUGGUAUAUGGUUGUAUUUUGUUUU